AUGAAUAUGCCGUCGACUUUACGGCUAAAGUUUAUCGUAUGGAAGGGGAGCUUUCAAGUAACGUACGACUUCGUAGCAGAACGGCCGCUGAGAAACGAGGAAACAAAGGGGGCGACGGCAGAGAACACUGCGACCUCUCCAACACCCUGACCGAGUCGAGGUCGGGGGAUGAACAGCACGGUAAAGAUAAUAACGGGAACGAACAAUAAGCCUCCAAAAGUAACUUUCCAGUCCGGCAUGGAUGAAUGAGACCCCUGGGCCAAUUUCUACCUGCGACACCAAUCGUUCUCGAGGAGAGCGAAGCCAAUGAUUAUGGUUCUGAUUCGGAUGACUAUCUGCCUUCGCACCAGGAGCUGUUGAAGCGCAACACGCCAGCAGUUAAGAAUCCCGACCAGGGUGCAAUGCGAGCCAAGACUACGGACCAAGCCAAAGGCAAUCUAGGUGAUGGUAUCAAAACAGCUGGCGCAGCAAGCCAGAUGACUGAACCGAAUACCCCCCUCAACAGUUGUGCAGAUCGGACAUCCACUGCAAACAACUCCCCUGAUCCACCACCGCCCGGAAAGAGAUCUGCUUCAGUCGAAGACGGUCCAGCCGAGCAGCUUUCGGAAUCCCGUCAUUAAGGCGGCACUAGUCGACUAGUCAUGACGAUUCAUCACCAGCCUAGAUGCAAUGAA